AUGGACUCUGAGGCUUCCUUCGACGUCAUCAUCUUGGGUACUGGACUCACAGAAUCUAUUGUUGCUGCUGCUCUCGCCAAGGCUGGACUUCGAAUAGCCCACAUAGAUGAGAAUGCGUACUACGGUGGACGAGAUGCAUGCCUAUCUUUUGAAGAUCUGGUCAACUGGCAAAACUCUUCGGGCCCGGAGUUCUCAAUUUUUACACGAUCUUCCGACGCAAUCGCUCAGCCUCGUUCAUACUCGCUAUCUCUCUCCCCAUCCGUCAUUCCAUCGUCGGGUCCACUCAUAGACACUCUGGUGGCAUCUGGCGUCUCUCGUUAUGGGGGUUUUCGACUUAUCGAACGGAUAUGCGUGUAUGACGCUGUCUCGACCUCGGUGAAAUUGGUCCCCGGCUCCAAAGAGGAUAUCUUCAAGAGCAAGGAAAUAACUCUGGUGGAGAAGCGGCGCAUCAUGCGUUUCCUUACCUUCGCUGCUGGGGACUUUGAAAACUCGGGGGAGCUCCAGGGACAUUUCCAGACACCGUUUCCUCAGUUUCUGCGAGAUAUCUUCUCAUUGAACAUGGAAAUGGCCGACGCGAUCGCAUAUGCGUUAGCUUAUUGUCUCACCUCCACAGAUCCAACUCUGCUAGCUUUGCAUCGCCUUCGCCGGUAUCUACGCUCUGCAGGUCGUUAUGGGACCAAUCCGUUCCUCGUUGGCCAUUAUGGAAGCUCGGGCGAGAUCGCCCAAGGAUUCUGCCGCACUGCAGCUGUUAGUGGUGCAGUCUAUGUUUUGGGACGCAGUGCCCAACUUUCCACUGACCCGAUCUCCCACCGACACGUGGUCCAGCUCGAUGACUUCCCUGAGUCUCUCAGCUGCACAUUGUUGAUAGCAUCGCAAUCUAGUAGCCUUUCUGUUCCUCCGCCGACGGUCGCCUCGUCCCCGUUCACAUCCUCGACGCCGAAUUUCGCGGUUGCCCGGAGCAUCCUUAUCAUAGAUCAGCCCCUUGCCCUUGGCUCUGAGGGUCCUGUCGUUGACACUGGGAUCGUCGUCUUCCCUCCUGCUUGUUUCGAAGGCGCAUCAAUGUCUGCGGCUGCGACUGCUCUUGUGACGGGUGAAGGCACGUUGUCGUGUCCCAAGGGGCAAUGGAUUGUUUAUCUGACACUUCCUUUGCCGGAGAACGCCGAAAUCGCUGAUCCUGAAAAGUCAUUGCGGCCUUAUUAUGAGGCCAUCUUGGCUCUAGGCACUGGAACCCCUCUAUUCUCGACGUUCUACCUCCAGAAGCCGGCAGCAUCUCGUAGAGACUCUGAUCACCACGUCUCUCCGACAAAUCUGCCGCCAGUGUUACCACUGCCAGACGCAGGAGACGCUGCCGCUUUGCAUGCCGAGGACGUCUUCCGGGCAGUCCUAAGCAGCCUCAGGCCAAAUGAUACAGACGUACCCUUUUGGCCUCCCUUGGAAGCUUCUGAGGAUGGAGAAGAUGAAUGAGAUGGAUUGCGCGCGUUCGGCCAGGUGUGACUGUCGUCGACCCGUUCACCAAUCAGUUACAUCACGACGAGUCCUUACUUCCUCGGCUUGCUUGCGUCCAUCGUCUGUAGUUCUCUCACCCAUGUCAGUGAUGCUUCUUAGUAAGUACGAAGUAGUACGCCGCGGCCGUUGAUUGAUCCGAGUCUAAUAACAGCCUUAUCGGGACAG